AUGAGCGUUCAUAAACAAGAAGACGAAGACCGCCAACAAGCCAGCAGCUCCUCCUCGAUGGCGCCUCCUCCCGCUAAGGCUAAAGACACCUUUCCAUUAACGAAAUGGGAUCUUCAAAAGUCUCCGAUCCCAGACAUCGGUUCAGGGCCAUUUUUUGAUAAGUCAGACAUGCGCACCAUCCGCACCCUCACUCACAGAGAAAUCGACUACAUCAAGAACAUGCUACUGCGACUUAUCAGGAAAUUGUACCGCAAGGAGGACGCGGACAUAUCAGUCUCACAACUGAUAGAUCUCGCCGAGACCACCGGUUUCGACGAACUCAACGACUACCCCGUGCCAGUGCGAUACUGGCAGUCCAUCCGAGGAAUCAGAGACUACUACCGCUACGACGGUCAAAACCUACCCGAGCCUUCUGAUACAGCUUGCCAUUUCGCGUGGCAUAUGACUCAGGAGAACAAGGCCCAUCUUCGUAGAAGAUGGACUGAAGCUUUCGAACUUGCAUACGGCUUCACCAUUGACGAGUUGGCUUCUCAAGGUAAUCCAUCUAGGGGCUUCCCAGACGCUCCAAGACAGUCCGACUGA